AUGGCAGGAACCAAUGUAACCAAUUUGCCCUGGGUCACCUCGGGAAAGCCGGGCAAGUACACUGGUUCCGUGAUUUUCAAGACCGUCGGGAUAAUCUGCGACUUGGAGACGGUGUUCAAUGCUGUUACCCCGCUCUUCGAUCAAUACUGGGACGAGGAUGGCGCUCGCUACGGCAAGGUCUCAGGGGAUCAAAACACCUCCACAACCGGCAGGAUAGACAAAUACAAUGGUCGUCCUUGCCCUCCUACCGGGUAUGGGUAA